AUGUCCGCACUUGCAACCGUCGAACCCACCAGUGCUAAGGCGCCCGUUCUCACCGCAGGGGAUAUUUCUCCUGGAGUGAUGAUGGAUUUUGAAAACGCAGCCCUCGAUUUUUUCAUUUCCAAGUCCGUCCCUGCCGACAAACAUGUUACCAUGAUUAUUCCCGGCAUCAAAGAUCUUCAGAUCCGUGACUGGAUUUCUGCAGACCGCGCUCGUAUCAUCAUCCUCCCUUUCUCGGAUUUCAUGAAGGAAAUGCGAGUGAAUUACCUCCAACAGGACUGGGAGGAUCAGAUUCGCAAUAAGAUCCUCACUUCCAUGCUCGCAUCUUCCAAAACUUCAUUUUGGAAUUGGUCGCAACAGCUACUCAAACUCAACUGUCUCCUGUGCGGUACCUCCUCUGAGUUCGACGACGCCGCCCUCCGUAAUCAUCUCGAGGCACACCUCGAUGAAGAACUCCGCAAUUGUCUUAAGCAUAAUGAGACGCAAAAAGACAAGGUUCUAAAGACCUGGAUCAACUCCGUCCAUCUCCUCGACGAAGCGCGGGCAGUUGAAACUAAACGUCAGCGCGAACUCAUCGAAGAGACGAUCGACCGCCAGGCUAAACAUCAAAAUACCAAAACUGAGACCUUACGUGGCCCUUCUCGCCGCGGAAAUACCACUCCAACGAACACAACUACUUCAUCUGCAUCUUCCUAUGUCAAACUUCCCCCUCUCUCAGACACCGAACGUACCCUCUUAAAUGAGCACGAUGGGUGUACGAAGUGUUGUCGCUUCUUUGUUGACCACCGAUCUCAAAACUGUCCAGACGGGUUCCCUUCCGGAAAGGGUUACAAGACGCUUACCAUGACAGACUCUUGA